ACACCCAGUUUGGUUCCCAUGACCUUUUUUUGGAGGAACCUCAUUGGUUGAAAUAGAAUAUAAUGACACCAUUCUAUUUAUUUAUUUUUAGGUAAUUAACAAUGGAUUCCCUUGAUCCUAUGCUGACGGACCCCUUGGAUUUGGGGCCAAGUGUAGAGAAUAAUGGAACAGGAAUCAUGGAAGAAUGCCUUCUGAGGGGAACAAGAGUCAGUCUACCUGAAGACCUUCUGGAAGAUGUGAGUCAUAUCAAACAUUUACCUUCUUUACAGUCUUGGAUAGAUUAUAUUUUUAAUAAUAUAUUUACUUUGUGUGUAUUUUGUGAUCAGAAAUUAAAAAUUUUAUGUGCAAAUCCACACCUCUUUAUUCUUUAAAUGGGACCUCCAUCUUCUUUCACCUGGCAGUCAGGGAGCUAAGAUGGAGGUGGCUCUCUCUAUACUGAAUGCCAGGUGUAAAGGGCAAAGCUUAUAACAAUGAUUGACAGGGAGCUAAGAUGGAGGUGGCUCUCUCUAUGCUGACUGCCAGGUGUAAAGGGCAGAGCUUAUAACAAUGAUUGACAGGGAGCUAAGAUGGAGGUGGCUCUGUCUAUGCUGACUGCCAGGUGUAAAGGGCGGAGCUUAUAACAAUGAUUGACAGGGAGCUGAGAUGGAGGUGGCUCUCUCUAUACUGACUGCCAGGUGAAAAGGGCAGAGCUUAUUACAAUGACUGACAGGGAGCUAAGAUGGAGGUGGCUCUCUCUAUACUGUCAGUCAUUGUAAUAAGCUCCUCCCUUUUCACCUGGCAGUCAGUAUAGAGAGAGGUGGAGAAAGAAGAGAAACAGACACAUUGUUUCAUUUCCUCAAUCUUUCAUAUAAACCUAAAAAAAUGAGAAUCUCCUGAAAAAUGUCAGUACGUGUUUUCAAGUGAUUUUUAGUGUUUUUUUUUAAUUUAAUUUCAAACAUUCUGCAGAAGCGACAGUUUCUUGUCCAUGCUUGACUUGUUUGUUUUUGCGACAGCCUGAGCUGUUCUUUGAUGUGGUCAGUUUGGACACUUGGCAGAAUGUCCUAUCUGAUUCUCAGAGGGAACAUCUCAAACAGUUCCUUCCAUCCUGUCCGGACGGCAAUGAUGAGCACCAGGAGGAGACAAUCAAGUCACUGUUCAGAGGAGACAACUUUCGGUUUGGUAACCCCCUUCAAAUUGCACAGAAGCUGUUCCGGGGUAAGACUUUUUCUUUUUUAACAUCACAGUGCCAUUUUCCACAUGUUUUGAUAAUUGCUCUAACCCAAGGAAGGCCAGGAGACAGACUCUCGUACUGCCUUAAAGAGACCCUACUAUAAACUGUAUAGUUCUUGCACAGCUGGUAAGGGUAUUACAGCUGCAGUGAUUUCAGAGAGUUAGAGCACUCAGAAUCACUUCUCUUCCUCGCAUUCAAGGAGGAAACUUUAUUUUUUCCUGCCCGUCCAAGCAUUGCACACUAUGAUGGCGCUUGUGCUGCAGUCCUCUUACAUCCAACUGUGAUUGGAGCUGCCAGUAAACAGAAAGCAGCUGCUAUUAGCAUUCCUAUUUAUCUCGUCUGAUCAAUGACAAUUCUGCCAAGUGCUUAGUGACAAGUCAAAUAUGCUCCACUGCCACUGAAAAGAUUUAACCCACUUCCUUAUCUGGGUGGAACAUUCUACUAAAGAAUGUGUGGUUUAAAUGUACUUUAUUUUACAGAUUAUUUAAUGCAUUAUCUAUGCAACGUAUAGAUCAAGGUCGCUUCCAGUUUUGAAUAUACCUUUAAGGCUGGCAAAGCAUUGUAUGAGUUGUUCUACAACAUCUGGGGCCAGUCUUCUUCCUCUAAUUUUAGCUGAAAGGAAAAAGAGUUUUUAAUGUGACUCCGACCUUAAAAUUUAAUUUGUAUGCAUCCCAUAGAGCUCGCUUUUCUAAUUAAUCAUAUACUAAUUUUAUUUUGUGGGACAGAUGGGCAUUUUAACCCAGAAGUGGUGAAGUAUCGACAGCUUUGCAUUAAAUCCCAGUACAAGCGCUACGUCAACUCUCAGCAGCAAUACUUUCAUACCUUGCUAAAACAGAUCCUGGCGUCACGAAAGGUUUGUUUAAAACAAUUCCGUGUACUGGAAUCAUCCAUUGCUCUCAUUUGUCCUUCCACAAGAGACCCUGUAAUAUUAUAUAAACAAGGUGGAAGCACAUUUUUUGAUUUGAAAUAAGUUAACUUCUGUCCUUCUGUCCUUCUAUCACCAAUGGUUGGUUUGUGAUGUCCCUCAUUCAUCCUCUUGUCUUGGGUUAAACCUUGAUUGAAUAUAAAUUAAAGAUCACUAUGAAGUUACAACUUAUUGCAUAGAACAAAUAGUUUAUAUUUUAUUGUUUUUGAUUAUUAAACAUUCACAGGUGCUGCUAGAUCUGGCAAGAAAAAAUGGUCCUGACCUGGUGAUGAAAAGAAAGCCUCCAUCAGCAAGAACCAUGCCUGAAGAGAAGGAGAGAAGAGCCCAACGCAGAUACCUGAAGAUUCUCCGCGAGGUGCAGGCCGAAUGUGGGGACAGCACGUUGUCCUCCGAGGAGGAAGGUAUGAUGUGGAUAUAAAGAUGGCUACGCUUUACAUAAAAUGUUUCAGGCGUAUUCAUUAAACUCAAACUUUCAGUGAAUUGAAUUGGAAUAUAUAGUCUGUGACUGUAAGGGAGUUUGGAGAAUAUUUCUUCUGAGUAUUGCACUGAGCAACCGUCGAGCCACUGUCUGGCGUCCACUUGCUUUACGUACUGACGCUUGAUGUUAACUUUUACUAGGUCUGUUUUUAGUCUGAAGUGACAUGUGACUGACAGGCUCUGAAGAUGUAGACAUUGCAAAGUCUGUGCAAUGCCAUUUCUCUGAAACCCAUUAUUUUGUGAUUAAUAUAUCGGAGCCAAAUAUGAAUGUUACUGUCUGGACUGAUUACAUAUCUCUUUACCUGGGGACAGUCUCCAUGGACUAUCUGCCUUCAUUUUUCAUCCCAUUUUGCAUUUUCUGUAGAUUUAACUUCCUGGCUGCCAGGGUCUCCCAGCCAAUCACCAAGUUCUGCUGUACCUGUCCGUGUUGUUCCCACACUCUCCACCCAGGACAUGAAAUCUGCAGGUGAGCGCAACAUGCAAUCAUCUUCACCGUCUAUAAACUGUAUGCGUGAGUGUGUUUACAGCUGUAGUGUGAAUAUCUUUUGUUUCAAUUUACUUUUAUUAAAGACAAACUGGAAUUCAACAACGAUGAUUUAAAGCUGAUGCUGAGAAGACAUUGUGAAAAGCGAAAACGUCAGCCGGUAAGAAAUGAAGGCGUACUUUUUUAAUUGUGAGAUCCUUAGAUGCCCUUUUUAUGAAAUGAUCACCAGGCCCUCUCUUCGUAACCUAGUGCUUAAUUAGAAAAGUGAUAUAUUCCCUCUUGGUCAAUAUUAAAUGUAGCGAAUUCUGUGUGAAUCCUUUUUUACCAUGAUUUCUUACCAGUUUCAUUUUAUGCUGAAUGUUUGUAUUGCACAGGAUCACCCUGAUCUUAUGACAGAUGACUUGACAUUGAAUGAUAUCAUGUCUCGCGUGAAUGUUGGAAGGAAGGGAUCCCUGGCAGGUAAGGAAGCUUGGUGUGCACCCGAGCCACUGCAUGUUUUCAUAUCUGUCCCUCUAGCCGCUUCUGGAUUAUUGUCCACGGUAUAUUUGAGUGUGACGAAAUGCUUUUUGUCACUGGAUUUUUUUUAAAUUUAUUUAUUUAUUUUUUUUAAAUUCUUUUUUUCAUCUCGACAGUCAGCGAACAUAACAGUAGCCACAUGACUUGUGCAAAAUUCAGUUAUAGUGCAAUAUAAUAUCUCAUGUUAGUGAAAGAGGAAAAGGCAGCAUGCCUUUGAACAAUACAUAUUCUACACAAGUAAUUACAAUUUGGCCGAUCGUCAAGGAGUUUUGGAGUAAGAAUGACAUUGCCAGUAUACCAGACAUGCGUUUAUGUAUGCAGUGAUAACUUCACCUAACCAUGAGCUUUCCAUAGCGUAAGGGUGGGGCAUCCACCGCUACUCGAGGGUAUCAGCAGAAGCCUCCCGUAUUGUACACCAGUUAUUUUCUAUGUCAGAUACUCUAACAACAUCCACUAGUCCUGCCUCCUGGACUGGACUAGCGAAACAGGGAGAGAGAGAACAGAGAUAAAGAGGGGAAAGUGAGUGAGGGGUGGGACCUAUUAUGAAUUUGUUGAACAAAGGUGACAAGCACCUGUUGGUGCUAUGUGGGGGGAGGAGGGGGGGACCGUGUGGUCUGUGCGGUUGGGUAUCUAUCUCAGCCCUGCCCCAAGUCGCUGCUAUCCCAAGGUUCCCAUAUUUUAAGGAAUCUUUGAAGUGAGCCUUUUAAUCUGGCUGUCAAUUCAUCCAUCAGAUGGAUCUCUCUGAUUCUCGUUAUAACCUCUGGGACCUUUGGGGCGUCCAGUUGCAGCCAUGUUGCCGUCACUGCCUUUCUAGCUGCUAAGGUGAGUUUAUGUAUAAGUUUUUGUUCCGCCCUGGUCCAGCCCUCGACCACGCGGUUGAGUAGGUAUACCCAGGGAUCUAGUUUCAGGGUCCUGGAGAAUAUUCUCCGUAUCAGUUGUUUGAUUGCGGACCAGAAGAGGACCGUCUUUGGGCACCCCCACCACAUGUGGAUAUAGGUGCCUAUUUCCCCGCAGCCCCUCCAGCAUGUGUCAGUAGUGGUUUUAUGCAUUCUGUAUAAUGUCUCGGGGGUGGUGUACCAUCGGAGCAUUGUUUUAAAGGAUUGCUCCUGUAAGGUUACGCAAACUGAGGUCACUGGAUUUUUAGGUGACAAGCUGCCCUUUGCCACUGGGUGUUGGAGGAGCCUGAUUGCCAGCCUCAUGACUAUGGCCCUGGGUCAUACGGCCCUUUUCAAACAUUAUUUGGGCUAAUGGAUUUAUAUUGUGCUGCUGCUGGACCUUUAAGAACUGCAUUAUGGUUUAUGGACUUGUAUUGGACCAUGCUGGCCCUUUAAGAACCGUCUGGGACAUAUUGAGACUUUGUGUGACAAUGCCCCUUUAAGACUAUGUCCCCAGACCUUUAAAAUACUUUGUCUAUGGCUUUCUCCCACUUGGUUCAGUAAAUGGGGUUUACUGAACCAAGUACCACACAGACGGACCACCCAGAAGUGGAACUGUGCAGGCAAUUUUCCUCCCAGGCUGGGAGCCUGCUGUAGGUAAAUUGCCGACCGCUGGUUGGCGGCAGCCAUCUUUGUUCAUUCGAACGAGGUCAGCGGUAUGUGUAGCCAAAUUCAUUGAACUGAAAUCGGCUACACAUUUUCACGAACACCGCUGACCCUUACCUUCUCCUACACUCCGUUUUCAGCUACAGAGACUAAGUUCCGUUCGGCAGUUUGAACUCACUGCUAUACUGAGCCAAAUGCACGAACGGCCCCGUGGGACUUAGUCAUUUUUCUCCAUAAAAUUGACCGGCCGCACAGCCCAAAUCUAUGGAUCUGUUUUGUGCAGGAAAAUGUGCUUGCGAUCGGUCAUAAAGGACUUCCGUCUAACUUUUUAUCUACUGGAUGGAUUUGUCUGAUUUUUGAGAGUGUUUGUUUAAAGUGUGCUGAUUCUGAAUGUAUAUGUUUUAUGUGAAUAUGAUGCAUAUUAUUAAAGUUACAGUGUAUGUAUAAAAAAAGUGUAUUUUCCCUGCUUGUGAUAAAUAUGUUAACCCAUUGUGUACCAUAAUUAUAUCACAGGCAGAGGGGAGGAUUUUGUAUGUUUGUGCUGGUGUGUUUUACGGUUUUCCUGUAAAUGAUUGGUUGUACUGUGUCCCACCCUGUGGGAUGUCUCCUUGCAUGGGGACUUGCAUAAAAGCCAGUGUGUGGUCAUUAAAACUGCAGAUCAUCUUGUACCUUCAUGAAGAUUCGGCUCAUGUUUGGGGGAUUGGAGAACUACACUCUGGGGAUUGCUAUAAUCACUAUACUCCCCAGGGUAUAAUUACUAAGCUCUGCUAAGAGCUUGUUCCUGUUCCUGCUCUCUGGAAUUCGGAGAGGUUGACCUACUGGAAGCUGGACCCUGGUCUUGGGUCCAGAGUGGGUGGAGACGGCGAAACCCCAACCAAGCUGCGGCGGUUCGUGGGAGUCUACAGUGGUUAUGGUGUCUGGCGGAGUGCUUGGAGUCCUCGGAAAGCACUAGGAGCAUCUAUCAACGGAAGGUACCCGGUCGGGUUGCCAGCGGUUCCGUUACAUUGAGUACUUACAUUAUUCAGGUGUUUAUUUACUAAUACAGGAACUGUGCGAAACUAACGAGGAUUAAAAAUUUUGGUCAAAAUAGCUGAGGAGUCAAAUGUUUCCAAUCUUGCUAUAUUGGCCGAAUAUUUUCAGUUGCCAUAUAUUUUAUUUAAGUAAACUUAAGCUUUGUAAUGUCGAUGUGUUAUUUUAUAGACUGGCACAGAGACUGAGAAUAAUUUUAUUUCACUUUUUUAUUGACUUUUCUUAAAGCAUUUCAUUAUAUUCCAUUAUUUUUUUGCCUAAUAUUUUGGUGCAAUUAUAAACGGGUUUACUCCUUAAUUAUCUCAAUACUUCACGGCCUGGUUUGACAUACUAUAUGUCACUCUGGUCCUUGUGUACCUGGGCCGAUUUCUGCACUUAAUACGUACUUUUAUGGUUUUAGCACUUUUUGACCUGGCUACAAUGAAGAAACGUGUGAAGGAAAAAGAUGAGAAGAAGAAAAAAAAACUGAAGACCAUAAAAACCGAAGUGGAAGAUUAUCCUGAGAUGCCUGACGUGCCCGAUGUGAUGCCUCCCCUCCUACCCCUGGAGACUCCCCCUGUUAGCUUGGCAGCUGUGAAGGAAGAGUGGGUUUUAUUAUUGUGAUAUAAUAAUAUAUAAUAAAUCUAAAUUACCUAACACUGUGGAUCUAGAAAUUAAUUUCAUUCGACACUAACUACAUCUGCUCUUUAUUUUUUAAAAAUGUUUUAUUUAAACUAUAUUCUCCAGUUAUUAAUUUUUUUUAAAAAAAAUUAUUUUUUGUCUACACACUUUAUAGUCUGUUACUUGACCUGUUCCCUGUUUAGAACCGUAUUUUGCAUCUUUGCAUGAAAUAACCUUUUUCUUAUUAACGGUUACUGUAUCUCAACUCUGUCUUUUUUUAAAAAAUUUUUUCUACAGACCAAUGGAAGAUGUAAAGCCCCCUCUCGCCUUUAAUGAGAUCUCUGCGUGCUUUUUUAGUCUCCUGCUGGACAUUCUGAUGGUGGAAGGUCCGUCUAGCCUGCCACUGGUAAGAAUGGGAAUUACAGGCAAUACGUUGAAAUUAGUUAUUUUUCUGUUUAUUGGGUGAAUAAAUGUUCCGGUGUUCUCUUAUACUGGGGACUAAAGUUCUAGUUCUCUCCUAUAAUUGAGGAGAAGAAAGGUUCUGGUACUCUACAAUACUGGGGAAUAAAGGUUCCAGGACUUUCUUACUAAGGGGGAAAUAAAGGUCCGGUACUCUCCUGUACAGGGAGGAAGAAAGGUUCUGGUACUCUCCUAUACUGGGGACUAAGGUUCUAGUUCUCUCCUAUUAUUGAGGAGAAUAAAAGUCUGGUACUCUCGUAUAAUGGGGGCAUAAGCUUCUUGUACUUUUCAUAUUGGUCAGUGUAUUUAAAAACAAAAACAAGUUUCAGGGAAUUUUUCUCUGUGACUAAAGUGAGAAAACAGUACUACUGAAAAUGUACUUUAAGGUCACGUUUUGAUUUCUUGUCAGCUCGAAGACAAGGUGUCUGAUUGGCAGAUGUCACCAGCGAGCACCUUAAACAGCUGGUUCUCUGCCGACUCCAACUGGAUCGACCUGGUCCACCCGGCUCUUCUUUAUCUAUCUGGGGAAAGCAAAGGUGAGGCUUCAAUCUCCUACGGUCUCUGCAAACUGGUGCUAAUCAAAGUAAAACAUGUUUUUGCAAAGGAGAAGUGGACUUAAAAAAAGGUUUUUGUUUUGUUUUUUAAUGCAGGAACUGGGGAUAAUCCAGAUCAUCGAUUUAUUGUGUAUUACAAAGUUGUUUCAUUUAUUCCAUUAAGUUUAAUAGUGAAGCCCGUUAUUUUAUGCUGAUGGGCCAAAAAAAGGCAAAAAAAAACCUUGUAGCCAUUUCCAAGUAUGUAUCAAAAUGAGAGAGAAAUUUUGGCUCCAUAAUGGCAGUCAGAUUUUUCGCUAAGAUUUCUCGUUGGAUCAACAACCCUUUUACAUAGAUAUCAAUAGUAUCCUUGAAUUUCUGUUUAUGCAAAAAAAAGCAAUCAAGCCUUUAUUUGGAAGUUUGGAAUCCAAUUUUGUUGAGUGACAGGCAACAGAGUGUUGUAGUCAACGGAGUAUAUUCAAAGCAAGGUCUAGUUACCAGUGGAGUACCUCAGGGACUCAUUCUCUUUAAUAUUUUUAUUAGUGAUAUUGCAGAAGGUCUUGAUGGUAAGGUAUGUCUUUUUGCUGAUGAUACUAAGAUAUGUAACGAGGUUGAUGUUCCUGGAGGGAUAAGCCAAAUGGCAAAUGAUUUAAGUAAACUAGAAAAAUGGUCAGAGUUGUGGCAACCGACAUUUAAUGUGGAUAAGUGCAAGAUAAUGCAUCUUGGGUAUAAAAACCCAUGGGCAGAGUAUAUAAUAUUUUAUACCCUACUAACCUCAACAUCUGAGGAAAGGGAUUUAGGGGUGAUUAUUUCAGAUGACUUAAAGGUAGGCAGACAAUGUAAUAGAGCAGCAGGGAAUGCUAGCAGAAUGCUUGGUUGUAUAGGGAGAGGUAUUAGCAGUAGAAAGAGGGAAGUGCUCAUGCCAUUGUACAGAACACUGGUGAGACCUCACUUUGAGUGUUGUACGUUGUACCGACAAAUUACUUUCAGUGCCCUCUCUAAGAUUAUUUAUAAACUGAUUAAAGAGAAGUGGACUCAGGACAGAACACUUAGGCACUCCACUUACCAAUUUUAUCCAAUUUGAAUAUUUUCCAUUUGCAACUACUCUCUCCACUCGUUUAAGCCAAUGUUCUAUCCAAUGAUUUUUUUUGUAUAAACCAGCUGAUUUCAGUUCCGUUUUAGUAACCUUUUGUGUCUAAAUUUAUAUAAUGCCUUCGCAAAGUUCAAGUACAUCAAAUCUACUGGAUCACCCUGCUCUAUAUUCCCACUAACUUAUUCAUUCAACACAUUUAAGUUAGUUUGGCAUGACCUGUCUUUCAUGAAACCAUGUUGAUUUCUGCUAAUGAUAGUUUUGUUUAAAAGGAAUUCUUAAAUAUUAUCCCUUAACAGCCCUUCAAAUAAUUUCCCAACCACAGAUAUUAAGUUCACAGGUCUGUAGUUUCCAGGUUGAGCUUUUGAACCAUUUUUAAAUAUAGGCACCACAUCUGCUUUUCUCCAUUUCUCUGGUACAAUUUCAGAAAGAAAAGAAUCCUGAAAAAUGAAACAUAGUGGCAUGGAUAUUUCUACACUAGCUUCCUAAAGGAAGCGUGGAUGCAUACCAUAUGGGCCUGAGGCUUUGCUUACAUUAACUUCUUAUUUAAUUUCACUUUAUCCUGUGUUAACCAAUCAUCUGUUUGCUGUAUGGCCUUUGUAUCUGUGUCUUCUAACCUUUAUUAUGUGUAUGUUGGCACUGGCCAUCAUCCUCCUGCUCCCUUUUGCCGCACAGAUUGGCAUUUAAUCCAGCAGAGACUUUCAUUAGCGAUUAAUUUAGGUCUUUUUGGUAUGAACCCUGUUGGGAAGUCAGUGAAUAGGUAGCCAUAAUGGUCAAGCUAGAAUGAAAUCUGGUUGGGGUAGCACUGAUCGGUACUUGUCAGUCUGAACCUUAAUAUCGGGUGUACUGCUGAAUGAACACAGGGAUCACCUGUAUGUAACUGUCAGGUGACCUAGAAAAUUAAACCGGAAAAUGUAAGGUAAAAAUGAGUUGUAAUGAUUGAGCCAUGUACAAGCUUAAUUUUAAAAGAUGUUUUAACAGAAUACCCGCCCUGUUUAUUCCAUUACCACUCCACACUCUUGACCUGUUUCCCCUGAUUUGUGUGUUUAAUUCUUCUUUAUAAAACAAUCCUCUCUCUGUCAUUAUGUGCAGGGACCUCUUCCAGUUUCACUCCGUUUGUGGAGUUCAAGGAGAAGACACAGCAGUGGAAAGCAGUCGGUAGGUGCUUAAAUAAUACUUCAUUUUAUACAUUUACAUUUUAUCCGGAUGGACUAAUUCAAGUUACCAGAGAGUUUCUGAGAGGGUAUAAGCAAUGCAGAGGGUUUUGAACACUAUGAAACCUAGGUGUUUGAAAUUAACACUUAGAUGGGUUUAGCUUCUCAUAAUUGUUAUUGUAGUUAGGUCAGAUUCACAUAAAUCAUUUCUUAUGGCUUUAAACUUUACUAGAGAAUUUGGAAAUUUACUGAAAUUCGUUUAAUCAGCUUUUUUUGCCAAAAAUAAUAAAUCAUAAACUCUUAUUAAGACAAGCAUUAAAGAGAUGGUGUAUGUAAAAAAAUAAAUAAAAGGUAUUAAUAGGAGCUACAGACAGCAUUCUUGAAUCUGUAUUUUCUUUAGUCAAAACAUAAGAGGUGUAUUGACAUAUAUGUCUGUAAUAAGAAUGUUUGUAUUAUACAUUUCUAAAGCGAAUAAAACCCAUCAAUAAGAUAAUCUUUACAUGUCCUAGGCCAUAAACGUUAACGCAGUAACUGGUGGACCUGAGAAGAGCUGCUAUUUUCUAAUGUCAAACCUUAAAAUGAAUAUAUAGCUUGUCAUUACAAAAUUCUGUUAGUCUAAUAAAAAAGGUAUUACAAGAAACUAAUUGUAUCUGUUAUUUUACAUCUGCAUCACUGGACUAAUAUAGCUAAUAAAUAUAUGUGUGUAUAUGUAUGUAUGUGUGUGUGUGUGUAUAUAUAAUAUGUGUGUGUGAAGGCUUGCCUGGAAUUGUGGGAGGGGCGUGGUGAUCCUAUUUAAACUUUUAAACUCACCCCCCUUUCUCUGCAUCACAGUGUAGUUUUGACUUCGGCAGGCAUCACUUCCGGUUCGCGGUCUGUGUGUUUCAGUUCGGCAAACAGCUGCUGUUUUCCCACACGCUCAGGGGCACAAAAAUCGUGAGUCUUGCAUACCCUGGUCCCCUCACCAUCUGCCACACGCAGGAUGGUCCAUAGAGGUGGGGGGGCUGGCAGUAAAAUGCCCGGCACAGCAGCCAGAGACCACACAGGUCUCCACACUGUUGACAGGUUUCAGCUUACUUAGUGCAAUACUAAACGAAGCUUACAUGCUGCUGGGGAAGUUAAACUGUAAAUACUGCAGCACAUACCAUAGUACAAGUACUGGGCUUCAUAAUGUAUACUGUUAUGACAUACUACUCACUGCAUACUAUUUUAUACCUAGCACAUACUAACUAAACUGCAUACUAAUGUAUACUUUAUGUCAUACUACUUACUGCAUUCUACUGUAUACUUAGCACUUACUAACUACACUGCAUACUAAUGUAUACUUUGUCAAACUACUUACUGCAUACUAAUGUAUACUUUAGGUCAUACUGCUUGCAUACUAAUGUAUACUUUGUCAUACUACUUACUACAUAAUACGGUAUACUUGGCACAUACUAACUAAACUGCGUACUAAUGUAUGCUUUGUCAUACUACUUACUGUAUACAGGGAGUGCAGAAUUAUUAGGCAAGUUGUAUUUUUGAGGAUUAAUUUUAUUAUUGAACAACAACCAUGUUCUCAAUGAACCCAAAAAACUCAUUAAUAUCAAAGCUGAAUAUUUUUGGAAGUAGUUUUUAGUUUGUUUUUAGUUAUAGCUAUGUUAGGGGGAUAUCUGUGUGUGCAGGUGACUAUUACUGUGCAUAAUUAUUAGGCAACUUAACAAAAAACAAAUAUAUACCCAUUUCAAUUAUUUAUUAUUACCAAUGAAACCAAUAUAACAUCUCAACAUUCACAAAUAUACAUUUCUGACAUUCAAAAACAAAACAAAAACAAAUCAGUGACCAAUAUAGCCACCUUUCUUUGCAAGGACACUCAAAAGCCUGCCAUCCAUGGAUUCUGUCAGUGUUUUGAUCUGUUCACCAUCAACAUUGCGUGCAGCAGCAACCACAGCCUCCCAGACACUGUUCAGAGAGGUGUACUGUUUUCCCUCCUUGUAAAUCUCACAUUUGAUGAUGGACCACAGGUUCUCAAUGGGGUUCAGAUCAGGUGAACAAGGAGGCCAUGUCAUUAGAUUUUCUUCUUUUAUACCCUUUCUUGCCAGCCACGCUGUGGAGUACUUGGACGCGUGUGAUGGAGCAUUGUCCUGCAUGAAAAUCAUGUUUUUCUUGAAGGAUGCAGACUUCUUCCUGUACCACUGCUUGAAGAAGGGGUCUUCCAGGAACUGGCAGUAGGACUGGGAGUUGAGCUUGACUCCAUCCUCAACCCGAAAAGGCCCCACAAGCUCAUCUUUGAUGAUACCAGCCCAAACCAGUACUCCACCUCCACCUUGCUGGCGUCUGAGUCGGACUGGAGCUCUCUGCCCUUUACCAAUCCAGCCACGGGCCCAUCCAUCUGGCCCAUCAAGACUCACUCUCAUUUCAUCAGUCCAUAAAACCUUAGAAAAAUCAGUCUUGAGAUAUUUCUUGGCCCAGUCUUGACGUUUCAGCUUGUGUGUCUUGUUCAGUGGUGGUCGUCUUUCAGCCUUUCUUACCUUGGCCAUGUCUCUGAGUAUUGCACACCUUGUGCUUUUGGGCACUCCAGUGAUGUUGCAGCUCUGAAAUAUGGCCAAACUGGUGGCAAGUGGCAUCGUGGCAGCUGCACGCUUGACUUUUCUCAGUUCAUGGGCAGUUAUUUUGCGCCUUGGUUUUUCCACACGCUUCUUGCGACCCUGUUGACUAUUUUGAAUGAAACGCUUGAUUGUUCGAUGAUCACGCUUCAGAAGCUUUGCAAUUUUAAGAGUGCUGCAUCCCUCUGCAAGAUAUCUCACUAUUUUUGACUUUUCUGAGCCUGUCAAGUCCUUCUUUUGACCCAUUUUGCCAAAGGAAAGGAAGUUGCCUAAUAAUUAUGCACACCUGAUAUAGGGUGUUGAUGUCAUUAGACCACACCCCUUCUCAUUACAGAGAUGCACAUCACCUAAUAUGCUUAAUUGGUAGUAGGCUUUGAGCCUAUACAGCUUGGAGUAAGACAACAUGCAUAAAGAGGAUGAUGUGGUCAAAAUACUCAUUUGCCUAAUAAUUCUGCACUCCCUGUAUGUAACACAUUCUAACUGAACAGCAUAAUGAUGUAUACUUUAUUUUCAUACUGCUUGCUGCAUACCACUAUAUACUUAUUAUAUACCAAUUAAGCUGCAUACUAACGUAUAUUAUUUCAUGCUAGAUUGCCACAUUCUACGUACGGCACUACAGUAAUAAAUACUGCUAUGUGACACACUACUAAGCUGCUCUACGGUAUUACAUACUACUGGGCUUAUCACUAAGGUUCAAACGGUGUUACAUUCUAUUGCGUUACAUACUAUGGAAUGCCAUAAUACUAUAUGACUUGUGGCAUACUAUGGUGUUAUAUACUACCAUGGCACAAGUGGUUCGACAGGCGGUGGUAUUUCAUGCCACUUGACUACGUGACCGUAGGGCACAUUCUAAGAUACGCGCUACGCGAUAAAGGAGUGCGGCCGCUUACAUGUUAUAGUGGUGCAGGUUGCUGUAGAUUACAAUGUGUUCACUUGCCUUACGUGCAUUAUACUACAAAGCUAGUAUCAGUGAUCACAUUACUUAUUUCUCUGCUUACUUUUCAGGUUCAAGUUGACUCAAAUCAACUACGUUCAUUACUAUCAAAUCUUUAUUUAACAUUGUCCAGUAAGUAAGGUGUUAAGUAAGGGGUACUCUCAGCAUAACAAAGGGAAGUACGUUUAUUACCAUGUAUAACAUAUACUCCUCUCUACUAUCACCAGGUAUAAACCUCGCUUCCAUUAGUUUAGUGGUGGAAGUCUCAGGUUCUCUGUUGGUUGUCACCUAAUUUUUGAUCCAACAACAACAAGCGGUCUCAGGUACAUUUUGCCUAAACACCCCCACCCCUGCCCCAUUAGAGCUUAUGAUUUAGUAUUACUGGCAUAUCGAGGAUAGGCGGCCACUAGUAAAUUAUCCGGGCUUCUUGGCCUUAGUAGUAGUGGUCCCGCGAGGCCAACCCAUUUCCUCCACGCUUGAGGACAUUCGCCCCUCGUGCCAAAUCAUAGUUAGCCGCCUCGCACGGUUGCAUAGAGAGGGCCUCACUUGUCACUCCCAUUCUAUAUUAUGCGCUUUAAUCGUCAUCGAGAGGGCAACACCCCGCCACAAUGUUUAGGUGGCAACAAUUCCCUCGCGCCGAUCGAUAGAGCCUCUCAAGCCACGUGGCAGCUAGCAGGGCCUCACCUGUCACCACGCCUAGGAAAUUGUUUCGCCAUCCGGCAUUAGCUAGCCAGCCAGUAACCAAAAGAUGGUAUAAUGGCUGAUGGUUUGAUUAUUUCCUUUUAGUAUGUCACAUCUACCGGAUGACACAGAAAAUGUAUCUCUACCCAGUUCUCCGGCCAGAUCCUUGUCACCUACUCGUAAAGGCGACGUUGGGAGUUCAACCUCAAUAAGGUCAUGGACCAUCCCUCGCAUUACGGCAGAACUCAGGAGACGCAGCAUUCCUUUUCCUGCCACGGCCAGGAAAGCUGAGCUCUACAAAUUAAUGCGGACUCAUACUGAUAACUCGGGGGCGGGAGAGGGCACAAGUGGUACGGGCAACUCGGACCUACAUGCCAUGGUCGCUUCACUAGUAGCAUCCAUGAGCAAGGUCAACGAGAGACCUGAUAGGAUCGAGGCACGAAGCCCUCCUGUCAGGUUUCCCAGGCCCUCGACAGCCUUACUCACCAAUGCUCCACUAUUGCAAUCGGGUAAUUAUGUGCCUUCUGGUUCCGAAACUCACAUUAUUAAUCCUCUGCACAUGGUCCCAGAAAAGAUUAAGAAAGACAUCUUGGAGGGGAAGGAUGUCAAUCUUGUGGCGCUACUUAUUGCUUCUCACGAUGUCAUUGAUAACCGCACUUCUGCUUAUGGUGAUAUUUCAGUGGUAUUGAAAGCCAGGGACCCUAGACUGAAUAAGAAACUGUCCAUAACUGAUUUUGUCUUGGCUUUUGGUAUAUACGUGAUGUAAUUUGUUCUGUUUAUCCGCAUAGACGAGAGGAACUCGACCUCUACAUGCACAAGCUGGUGGACUUGGGAAGCAAAUAUGGUGGUUCAUCCUUUUAUGAAUAUCACCAAUCCUUUUCGGCAAGAGCGUCUGCAAUAUUGGCUCAGUAUAACGUCAAAACUGACUGGAGCCGCAUGGAUACUGAGCUAUUUUGUAGACAUUUUGCCGGUCUCAAGACACCAGCUUGUGCAGUUUGUGCUUCAACAUCUCAUUCCUCGGACUAUUGUCCCACUAUGCCAGAGUCUACACCUGGGACUUUCCGCGAACUACAGACCAGGUUGGACAGAUCUGGUAAGGACAAACUUGGUCGCCCUAUUGUUUACCUGGGAAAGUCUCAGGUUUGCAAUAACUUUAACGUAGGUACAUGUGGUUAUAGUGCCUGCAGGUUGUUACAUGUGCGUUCACACUGUUUUAGGGCACACGCUAAGUCUAUGUGUCCCAAUAAAAGUCACACUAAACCAUACUUGACAUCCGUAAAGAUUGGUUCUUUGGCACACACAUUAGCCUCUCAUCCAUCCAAACACCUAGUGGACUUUUUGAUAGAUGGUUUCACGGAGGGAUUCCAUACAGGGUUGGUUCAUACCCCCGCUGGCAUUUACGAAUGCAACAAUUUACAGUCAGCAUUUGCAAACGUGGAAAUGAUCAAUGCUCUAUUACAUAAAGAAUUAGAGGAUGGGUUUUUAUUGGGACCUUUUCACGAGCCCCCAUUUUCCAAUUGGCGAACCAACCCCAUAGGAUUAGUCACCGGUAAAUCCUCAGGGAAACAGACUUAUUUUAGACCUAUCAGCACCUCACUCCUUGGCCAUACCAAGCCUUAAUUCCCUAAUUCCAUCCGAGGAAUUUUCACUCAAGUACACCACUAUAGACAACGCUAUACACACAAUCUUCACAGCUGGCUCAGUAAAACUGACAUCGUCAAUGCGUUCAAGUUACUACCCAUUCGCCCGUCACUAUGGCAUCUGCAUGGUUUAAAAUGGAAAGGUGUCUAUUAUUUUUUCACAAGACUCACGUUCGGGUCAAAAAGCAGCCCAAAAAUAUUUGACAUCUUUUCCGAAACCUCAAAAACAAUUGCAGAUGCCAGGCCGUUAUACAUUAUCGGGACGACUUUCUGUUCGUUGAGAAUAAUUCCUCUUCCCCCAGUGAUCUGACAAAGGCCAUAUCAUUUUUCCAUUCUUUGGGGGUGCCAGUGACCCCCAAGAAAACACAAGGCCCUGACACAUUAGUAAAUUUCCUAGGUAUCCUACUCGAUUCAGUAAACUUGGAAGCGAGCUUACCUCCAGGAAAAAUUGACAGCAUACUACAAUCAAUUAACAAAUUUUUGGUCAAUAGGACAUGCAAUAGGAAGGAAUUGCAAUCUUUGUUGGGAUCGUUGAAUUUUGCUGUACGAAUCAUCCCGCAAGGCAGGGCCUUUAUCUCUAGACUCCUUUGCCUCCUCCCUCUCAUACCAAAUGACAUUACUCGUAUCAGCUUGGAGGCGCAGGCUACAGCUGAUUUGCUAAUGUGGCGCAAAUUCCUGUUGCAAUGGAAUGGCAGAAGUAUGUUCUUGCCUCCAUUGUCUGUCCACUCUCCGGUAAUUUGGACAGAUGCGGCAGCAUCAGCGGGUUUUUCGGCCAUAUUUGGAAACGAGUGGCUUUGGGAUGCUUGGCCAGAGGAGGUCCAACACAUUGAAGGUUUCUCACGCACCUCGGCCUUAUUUGAGAUAUACCCCAUUGUGGCGGCAGCGGCGGUGUGGGGUCAGUCUUGGGCAGGUAGCUCGGUACGCUGUUUUUCCGACAACCUAGCUACCUGCCACAUCAUAAACAAAGGCCGAUCGGAGUCUCUAACGAUCAUGAGAUUCAUGAGAAGACUGACCUGGCUUGCGGCCUGCAAUCACUUUUAUUUGGUGUGUUCUCAUGUACCAGGGGUCUUUAAUACUGCAGCUGACAAAUUGUCUCGCUUCGAAUUCCAGGCAUUCAAAGAAACGUUAGCCACGGCCUCCCCCACAGCCACUGCAGCACCAUGUUUUCAGGAGCUGGUGAUGGACUGAAAGAACUGGCAAAGCAUGGGCUCGCCUUGGCUAGUAUAGCCCUGUCCGACAAUACUAAACGGUCUUACGAUAGGGCCUUCAAACUAUACAAGAGGUUUAUGAUAGAACACAACUUGGUGCAGUUUUUGCCAUUUCCACACUGGUAGCUUUUGUUUCAUUUUGUCAUCUUAAACUCAAACUGUCACACAACACCAUCAAAUUAUAUUUAACUGGCAUACAACAACACAUGUAUACCUUAUACCCAGAUAACUCUAGUUUCUUAUCUUCUUACCCCAUUAAAAACAUUCUUAAAGGCGUACAGAAAUCCAGUACCACUCCUCCAUCAACAAGAUUACCGAUACAUAAGCAGCUAUUUAAGGAUAUGUCCGACUUGUUGGACACGGCCCCAUUUGAACACUAUACAAACAUGGUAAUCAAAACUGCCAUCUACUUGGCAUAUUAUGGUUUUCUUAGACCUGGCGAGUUUACUAUACACGGACAUAAAUACGCACAAAACUGCCUCAAACGGUCCCAUCUCACCAAACUACAUGAUCACUAUAUCUUGUCACUACCAGUUACGAAAACAAGCCAACUGGGCAAGAUGGUACCAGUCACAUAUUAUCCUACUGCAAACAGAUGGUGCCCGGUGAAAGUAUUGGAUACAUACCCCCACUCAUUACCACCGCAGUCUGACAUCCCGCUGCUAGUCUUACACAAAGAGGUCUUAACAACAGCCAAAUUCAUGUAAUACGUCCGCAUGUUACUGACCAGACUAGGUCUGAACGCUGGCAACUUUUCUGGCCAUUCAUUUUGGAUAGGGGCAGCCUCCAGCCAAAAUAUUCCAGUACAUAUAAUCAAGUCUUUGGGCCGCUGGAAUUCCUAAGCCUUUGCUUUGUAUAUACCUCAACCUGUGUUAGAAAGUAGGGCGGCAUUUGUUGAACUGUCAUCUUGAGGUAUUUUCUUUGCAGUAUGUUUUUCUAUGCAAUAAAUAUUUUCUUUGGCAAAGACACUGCUUAUUUUUGCCCUCUUUAUUACAGGCCUACCGCAUACGUCGGUUUCGGCACACUUCAACUGACUUGUUCAUACCUAUGAUACAUACGAUACAUAUGUUACGUUUCAAGAAUAGCACCGAACACAAAUGUAAAGGCUUGCCUGGAGUUGUGGGAGGGGCGUGGUGAUCCUAUUUAAACUCACCCCCCUUUCUCUGCAUCACCGUGUAGUUUUGACUUUGGCAGGCCCCACCCACCACUCCCUCAACUCAAUUUAAUUUAUUAUGUUAUAUCUAGGGUGGGCCCUCUAUAUAACAGGCCUACCGCAUACGUCAGUUUCGGCACACUUCAACUGACUUGUUCAUACCUAUGGUUACACCAUACGAUACAUACGUUACGUUACAAGAAUAGCACCGAACACAAACAUAUAUAUAUAUUCUCUAAUAUUUCUCCAACCAGUAUCAAUACAUCACCCAACCCCACUCCCCCUGCCAUCCUAAGCUCAUUUACACCUGCUACAGCACAAGAGGUUUCUGCUCUGCUCCUGUCCUCCCGCCCCACCACUUGCUCCCUCGAUCCUAUUCCCUCGCAUCUCAUCCGCACUUUGUCUCCCUCUCUUGCUCUUCCUCUCGCUAACAUUUUCAAUCUCUCCCUUUCCUCUGGCACAUUUCCCUCUGCCUUCAAACAUGCAACCGUAACCCCAAUUCUGAAAAAGCCCAACCUUGAUCCCAACUCCCCAUCCAACUACCGCCCUAUCUCGCUACUGCCAUUUGCCUCCAAGAUCCUCGAGAGAGUUGUCUACGCCAGAUUGACAGACUUUCUUGAAUCCAACUCUCUGCUUGACCCCUUCAGUCUGGAUUCCGUGCUGGUCACUCUGUCGAAACUGCUGUGACCAAAGUAUCCAACGAUUUAAUUGCUGCUAAAUCUCGCGGCCAAUACUCUAUCCUAAUCCUCCUUGAUCUUUCUGCCGCCUUUGACACUGUUGAUCAUCAACAGCUUCUUCACAUUCUCCGUAACUUUGGUCUACAGGAUUCUGCUCUCUCCUGGUGCUCCUCCUACCUCUCCCAGCGCUCCUUCAGUGUUUCUUUCUCUGGCUCUGCCUCUUCUCCCCAACCCCUCCCUGUCGGCGUCCCCCAAGGUUCUGUCCUCGGCCCCCUACUGUUCUCUAUCUAUACUGCCUCCCUUGGUAAACUCAUCAGCUCUUUUGGCGUCCAAUACCAUUUCUAUGCAGAUGACACGCAAAUCUACCUGUCCUCCCCCGAUCUCUCUCUGCCCACCUUGACUCGUGUUUCUGACUGCCUCUCUGCUAUUUCCAACUGGAUGGCUGCUCACUUCCUUAAACUCUACCUGUCCAAAACAGAACUUCUAGUUUUUCCUCCCUCAAGUGCUGCUACUCCUGUGUCUGUCGCCAUCCAAGUCAACGGCGCUACUAUCACCUCUACCUCCCAGGCUCGCUGCCUAGGAGUUCUUUUUGAUUCUGAUCUCUCUUUUACUCCCCACGUUCAAUCGAUAGCCAAAUCCUGUCGCUUCCAACUCAAGAACAUAGCGCGCAUCCGCCCAUAUCUAAUGCCGGACGCGGCUAAGGUACUGGUUCAUGCUGUUGUUCUCUCUCGCCUUGACUAUUGCAAUCCCCUUUUCACCGGUCUUACAUGUUCCCAGCUUGCACCGCUGCAAUCUAUAAUGAAUACGGCUGCGAGGCUUAUUUUCCUGUCCGGUCGCACCUCCCACGCCUCCACGCUCUGUCAGUCCCUGCAUUGGCUUCCAGUUAGAUAUACAGGGAGUGCAGAAUUAUUAGGCAAGUUGUAUUUUUGAGGAUUAAUUUUAUUAUUGAACAACAACCAUGUUCUCAAUGAACCCAAAAAACUCAUUAAUAUCAAAGCUGAAUAUUUUUGGAAGUAGUUUUUAGUUUGUUUUUAGUUAUAGCUAUGUUAGGGGGAUAUCUGUGUGUGCAGGUGACUAUUACUGUGCAUAAUUAUUAGGCAACUUAACAAAAAACAAAUAUAUACCCAUUUCAAUUAUUUAUUAUUACCAAUGAAACCAAUAUAACAUCUCAACAUUCACAAAUAUACAUUUCUGACAUUCAAAAACAAAACAAAAACAAAUCAGUGACCAAUAUAGCCACCUUUCUUUGCAAGGACACUCAAAAGCCUGCCAUCCAUGGAUUCUGUCAGUGUUUUGAUCUGUUCACCAUCAACAUUGCGUGCAGCAGCAACCACAGCCUCCCAGACACUGUUCAGAGAGGUGUACUGUUUUCCCUCCUUGUAAAUCUCACAUUUGAUGAUGGACCACAGGUUCUCAAUGGGGUUCAGAUCAGGUGAACAAGGAGGCCAUGUCAUUAGAUUUUCUUCUUUUAUACCCUUUCUUGCCAGCCACGCUGUGGAGUACUUGGACGCGUGUGAUGGAGCAUUGUCCUGCAUGAAAAUCAUGUUUUUCUUGAAGGAUGCAGACUUCUUCCUGUACCACUGCUUGAAGAAGGUGUCUUCCAGGAACUGGCAGUAGGACUGGGAGUUGAGCUUGACUCCAUCCUCAACCCGAAAAGGCCCCACAAGCUCAUCUUUGAUGAUACCAGCCCAAACCAGUACUCCACCUCCACCUUGCUGGCGUCUGAGUCGGACUGGAGCUCUCUGCCCUUUACCAAUCCAGCCACUGGCCCAUCCAUCUGGCCCAUCAAGACUCACUCUCAUUUCAUAAGUCCAUAAAACCUUAGAAAAAUCAGUCUUGAGAUAUUUCUUGGCCCAGUCUUGACGUUUCAGCUUGUGUGUCUUGUUCAGUGGUGGUAGUCUUUCAGCCUUUCUUACCUUGGCCAUGUCUCUGAGUAUUGCACACCUUGUGCUUUUGGGCACUCCAGUGAUGUUGCAGCUCUGAAAUAUGGCCAAACUGGUGGCAAGUGGCAUCGUGGCAGCUGCACGCUUGACUUUUCUCAGUUCAUGGGCAGUUAUUUUGCGCCUUGGUUUUUCCACACGCUUCUUGCGACCCUGUUGACUAUUUUGAAUGAAACGCUUGAUUGUUCGAUGAUCACGCUUCAGAAGCUUUGCAAUUUUAAGAGUGCUGCAUCCCUCUGCAAGAUAUCUCACUAUUUUUGACUUUUCUGAGCCUGUCAAGUCCUUCUUUUGACCCAUUUUGCCAAAGGAAAGGAAGUUGCCUAAUAAUUAUGCACACCUGAUAUAGGGUGUUGAUGUCAUUAGACCACACCCCUUCUCAUUACAGAGAUGCACAUCACCUAAUAUGCUUAAUUGGUAGUAGGCUUUCGAGCCUAUACAGCUUGGAGUAAGACAACAUGCAUAAAGAGGAUGAUGUGGUCAAAAUACUCAUUUGCCUAAUAAUUCUGCACUCCCUGUAGGGCCCAAUUCAAAAUUCUGGCGCUUGCUUACAAAUCCCUACAUAAUGCUGCUCCAACAUACUUAUCCUCCCUCAUACACAAGUAUGUCCCGUCUCGACCCCUGCGCUCAGCCCAAGACCUACUCCUAUCCUCUGCCCGGAUCCCCACCUCUGAUGCUCGCCUUCAAGACUUCUCCAGGGCUGCACCUAUUCUGUGGAACUCCCUUCCCUCCUCAAUCAGACUUUCACCCAGCCUCCACUCCUUCAAAAAAUCUUUGAAAACUCACUUCUUCAUUAAAGCGCAUCAAUUAAACUGUCAGCAGGUUUCUCAUCCCCCACCCCAUGACUCCGUUCCUUCACCUGUCAAAAAUGACCUACCAAGCACUCAAUAAACCCUUCUGUAACAAACUAUUUAAUUCCCCUACUUUAACCCUUUGUGUCACUAUACCCCACUCCCUCUAGCAUGUAAGCUCAUCGAGCAGGGCCCUCAACCCCCUCUGUUCCUGUACGUCAGUGGUCUGAUCUCAAUUAUGUGUCUGUUAUUCCACCCAUUGUACAGCGCUACGGAAUCUGUUGGCGCUAUAUAAAUAAUAAAAUAAUAAUAAUUAUAUAUAUAUAUAUAUAUUUUUCUUUGAUAGAAAGAGGUGUUAAAACAAUGCUGCUCCCUGAUCAGUAUAGGGCUGAGUUGUUUACAGAUAAAAGCUGGUUUACAGUCCCUCCUGCUCAGCCCUUGUGUCUGCUGCCUGCCUGCAUAGUUGGCAAUUCAUUAUUCUACUCUGCAGCCAAUCAGCAGAGACUGUCUGCAACGACUGCACUUGAUCACAGCUUGAAGUAGCUCAUUGAUCCCACUCCUGGAGUUCCCUCAUUUGUUGCAAAUUUGAUCCGUUCAGGAAGUGACUUAGAUAUCUUAGCCAAUCCUGGAUUCCUCCGUUUGAGUCGUGUGUGUGUAUAUAGGAGUUUAUUCAAUGAUUUCAUUGGUUAGUAUUGUUUUAUAUGGUAACAUGGAGCUAUAAGUGCUUUAUUAGCCAUGCCGACUAUUUUUCUGUAACAUGAUUGAUUGUAUUUUGCACAAUAAAUAUCUAAUAAUGAAAUCUGUUUCUUUUUAAAAUUGCAUAUAUGUGUAAAUAUGUGUAUUAAAUUACCCUGUAAUAACUUCCCUUUGUCUCUGUAACAAUGCACGCAUUUUACCCUUCUUUUAUUUAUGGAUUAUUUCAUUUGCAGCUUCCUCUAGUGAUUACGAGAAGGAGCUUGUGACUCUGUUUCAUGUGUGGCUGGAGACAAAGGACCAGAUAUUUAGCAAGGUAAUCUACAGAAUGGGCUCUUUAAAAACCCCAGGUACUGCAGUCACAUGUACCACUGUAAAACCCAGAAAGGUUUGGUCCAAAACAAGAAUACAAUAGUUUCCUGUAUCUUAAAUGGUUCUUUUCUUUUCAGUAUCACUAUUUAGAUGGAUGUGUUUUGGACCAAGUUUUACUAUUGGGAAAUUCACGAUCUCAAUAAUACUUUGUUAAAAAUACUUGAGGAAUGUAAAACCUUUGCCAAACUGUUAGUUAGUCUACGUUUGCUAAACUCUGCCAGCCCCUCCAGAUGUGACUGUUUACAGAAUGACAUUGAUUUCAUGUUUUCUUAUAAAGUUAUGUAAUAUUUUAACUAAGGAGUCCGAGUUCGUUGGUAUCCCAAAACACGUAUGUUUGGUAUUGUGUUAUGUGAGUCACUUUAUUUGGGGUAGGUAUGGAUGAGCAGGGAGAAGGGGCUCCAGCUAAGUACAUUUUUUAAUCUACAGACGCACUGGAGUCUUCACCAGCAUAACAUAUAGAUUAUAUAUAGUACCAAUAUGUAUGAAAUCUAAAAAGGCCUUUCCUCUCUGUUAAUAUAUGCAUCUCUUUACAGGAUAAUGAAAGCUUGGUGGAUCCCAGCACUCCAGUUCCUAGAGUGUAAGUACCGGUAUACACAUCCUGAAAGAAAAUAUUUGUUUUUAAAUGCAAGCUCUGCUCUCUGCAAAAGUGUCCCUUAAUAAGCAGGUCCAAAUAAUUAUCUUCUUCAAGAAUAUUUACAGAAUGCAUACUAAAGAGACACUAAUAACGUUAUUCAUUUUUAUCAAGUCAUUUAACCUUUAACUUGUUUGUUUUUCUUCCAGAAGGACUGAUUAUAUGGUGCGGCCGAGUUCUGGGGAUGAAAAGCGCAUAUUUCAGGAGCAGGUGAGGAAAGUGAUUAACUAAAUGUUGCACAGUACAGCUGUCAAACGUUUCGGCUGGAAGUAUUGGGUCAGAUAGGAAUUGUCUAACAAAUUUCUCUGCUACUUCGCAAAGAUGAUCUCUCUUCUCAAAUGUUCCUCAUGUGAUUUUUUUACUUGGUGUACGUUAUGUAUGAAGUACUUCUAAACCUCCCUGUUAUAUUUUGUAUAAAUUUAUCUAUCUGGAUUUUUGGAGCCUUACGUAUAGCCAAUAGGAGACAAUUGAAGCAAGAUUUGUAUCUCUGAUACGAUGACUGCCCAUCUGCCAUAUUGGAACAGAUUUUGUCUUCGUUACAUGACAUAUAGUCUACCAGCACUGUUUCUGCCAUCUCUCUCAGUUCUUUCACAAACUCCUAAUAAGCCAUCUAUUCAUUAACACAUUCUUUGACACUGAUAUAUCUGAUUCGGAUAUAUCAUUUGCUCUUUGACUGUUUGAUAAUUGUGAUAUUCCUGAUAAGUGCCCAGUAUGAGUGCUGUAUGAGUAAUUUUAAAUUAAGAAAUCUUUUUCCACUUAUUUAACAUGUCUGUAAUUAUUUAUUUUUAGUGUUGAGCUAUUGUACUCCGCUGGUUUCUCUUUUACACUGAACCUUGUAUGUCUGUUUCUACAGGAGCGUCACCGCUACAGCCAGCCUCACAAGGCCUUCACUUUCCGUAUGCAUGGCUUUGAGUCCAUUGUGGGCCCUGUCAAAGGUGUUUUUGAUAAGGAAACCUCGCUAAACAAAGCUCGAGAGCACUCACUCCUGCGUUCUGACCGACCUGCUUAUGUCACAAUUUUGUCUCUUGGUACGAUAUCUGUCAGAGCUGCGUCUGUUUGCGCAGAAUUGACCAGCUGCAAUAUUUUGCUUCAUAAAGUUAAUAUGCUGAAUGAGCAGCAUUGAGGAGACACAUUAUCUCUUGCUCCAAAAGGCAGUUUAUUACUCAUGGUUGUAAAGACUGUUCCCUUAUGUUUUUUAAUGCGGUUUAAUAACAGUAAGUUAGUAAUUGCACGGUAAUUGUAGAACAAUAUCUUAUAUAAGGAAGUGACUCAUGCUAAAAUCUUCUGUCAUUUUGAACAAUGGUAGUUUGUGAAUUGCUAAAUGCCUUUCAAAAAAACCUGGCAAACUGAACUGCUGAGCAAAAUAAGUUCAGAUUUUAAAAACUUAUUUAAAGGUGACAUGCUUCUAUAAAAGAAAAAUGUUAUUAAAGUUUAAUAACUAAAGACGUUCAGUGUGUGGAGAGUAAAUAUAUAUUGGGAUUAUUUCACAUAUUUUACCAUGUGACUUUCCCAGUGUUUUACCCGAACACUUUUUUAAAUGUUUUUUUUUUGCUUCAGUCCGUGAUGCUGCCGCCCGGCUACCGAAUGGAGAGGGAACGCGCGCUGAAAUCUGUGAAUUACUAAAAGAUUCCCAGUUCCUGGCACCUGACGUUACGAGUGCCCAGGUGAGCUCACCUUUCCUUGUGAUAAAUAGAAAUGUAUUUCUCAUCCACUGAACCCUGAGAUUGGUUGUGUUUUUAGAGUGAGGCCCUGCUUUAGAAAAUGUUUGAGAAGACUUUUAUUUAUUGUCAGCUGGAAUACCUUACAUGUAGGUAAAAAAAUAAAUAAAUAAAUAAAUAAAAAAAACCACGAGGCAAAUUAUUUCCCUUUAAAGGAACAUUCUGGUAUGGGCUCCAUCCAUUUUUUUUCCCAAUGCAUUUUAAGGCAAUGCAUUAAAAUGAAUGCAAUCUCAACAAAUAAAAAAUAUUCACACUUCAUGUUUCUAGAUUUGCUUUAAAUCCACAGGCUUUGCAGCUUCUGUAAUGAUCUCUGCCCAGACCUCUGUGUCCUUCCUAAUUCUAAACUUUUAUAAAACAUUUGUUAUAUGGUCACUUGCUGUAAGACUUUUAACUGGUGGAUGAAGUAAAAGAACCGCUGUAGGAUAUCUAUACACAUAGUUAAAAUACAUUUUGCACAUCUGUGAUUUCAGGUUUUUUGAUUAGAAUACCAUAUGUUCACACACAAUAGGUUAAUACUGUGGUAAGUGGAGCUCUGGACAGACUGCACUAUGAAAAAGAUCCCUGCGUGAAGUAUGAUAUCGGACGUAAGCUGUGGAUCUAUCUCCAUCGCGAUCGCAGUGAGGAAGAGUUUGGUGAGAAACAAGUAUAUGACCUGUGUUUUCUACUUUCACGUUUGUUGAAGCCAGAAAAAACAUUGUCGAUUUUCUCCUUUAAUUUGUAGAGCGGAUUCACCAGGUGCAGGCAGCAGCCGCCAAGGCGAAAAAAGCUCUUCAGCAAAAACCCAAGCCACCUACAAAGAUGGUACGUCUCUAUACAUCUUUACAAGUUACCCAUGGCUCGGAUAACUUUCCUGGCAGUUAUUUGCUCUAACAAAACUGGAGUUCACUAAUGGUGAUCAUUAAAUGUUUUCCGCUCACUUUAGAAAAACCAUUCAAGACAGACAUCAUCUGAGUCCUGCUCCAAAAACCUUAAAGUCAAAGGAAAUUAUGCAUAUAUAGUGUCAUGUACCAUCCAACAUGCAUAACUAAGUAGACCACACUAUAUUUUAUUCAAGCUGGGAACAUUCCAUUGUUGACUCUGCAUCUUUUCCAUGUUUGCGCAAUUUUUCAGAGCAGACCCUUUAAUACAUAGCCCCCAUUGUCUGCAUUUAUGUGCUCAUUGAACUUUUGUUAUACUUCCAGAAAUGUGGCACCAAGGAAUUCCCCAUAAAGAGCUGUGGGACACCAGAACCUGGGCAACUGAAUGAGUCUAGCAUGCCCCCCACACCAGGGACCCCAAGUACCCCAACCACUCCUGCACUUCCAUUGACACCUUUGUCCCCAUCAACAUCAUCCUCUGUCAGCAAGAUGGUAACCAACACUGGACCCGAAAUGGCUAAAUCCAGCCCAAGGUUAGUGUUCUUCGUUCACUGGAUCCAUGUUUUUCUAUUACAGUUGUACUGUCUUACCAGAAUUGUGUUUGUUACCUUCCUAGUGUCCUCCUGAUGUCUUCUCCCACUAUGCCACAAUUGAGCACUUUGCUGACUCAGUCUGCAACAAGCCAGGCCACGACUGUGACACAGACAUCAGGGCGCACUUCUGCUGUCCCCUCUUCUUCUGGAAUUUCCCAAGUACGAAUAGUCACACCAUCUACAGGAGUUCCAGCGACUCCACCACCAACAAUAGUGACCCAGGCCCUUUCUCUGACAGUGUCCCACAUCAGAAUGCCCGUCACUUCUACACCAACCAAGGUUAUACCACAGGUAAGAUUGGUACAAUUACAUGUCUGUUAGUCCACCCAUUGUACAGCGCUACAGAAUUUGAUAGCGCUAUAUAAAUAAUACAUAAUAUUAGAAAAAUAUUUAGGAAACCUAAUUUCUAGGUAUUUAUCAAACUGUCUUUGUUUUUAGGUGGUGACGAUGCCGAUGAAGGCCCACAACGCUGUUGGUGUAGCUCGUCCAGGGACCACUCUAACCAAUCAGGGAGGAAUAGCAGUGACUGCCCUGAGUUCAUCAGCUGUAUCCAGAACAGUGGUCACUGCUCCAUCAAAUACGGGUUCCACUAUCCUUCAGAGCAUCACCGGACAAAGUAUUAUCAAACAGGUAUGAAGUAGUAAAAUCACUUUUCCUCCUUGUGACCAUACCAUGUUACCAUAGAAAACUAUUAAGAUUGCAGAACUGCGCAUUGUCUAUUAUGUGCAACUUUGUAUUCACUUUCCCUUCCCCCCCGUCACUUGGUCUUCUCGUCAUUUGUUCUUAGAACUCACUGUUUUUGUUUGUUUUUUGUGUAUUGCCUUUAAAUGAUGAUUAUAGCCCAAACCUCACCUUUGCAAUAACGUGUCUCCUAAGUUGAGCAAAAGCAUAAUUUUUGUUUUAGCUAUUAUCAAGUGUUGAUAAUUAACCAGGUGACUGGGUUGCAGUGUAAUUCUUACUGUGUCCUAUCAGACAGACCAUACAACCUAAAUAUGUGUCUUGCUGCCUGGGUGAGUGAUUUAAAGCUGCGUUUAAGAAGCUUGUUGACUUUGCGUUGGUAAUUCUGUGAAUGUAAAUGUAGGAGUAGAGGAACUAUUGGGAUGGAUUCAUCUCACAUAUAGACAUUAGAAUGAGUGGAUUAACCCUAAUAAAUUGUGAUUGAUAUAUAUACUAUCCCCAGAUUAUCGUGUGAUGUUUCUCAUAUGAUGCAAACAAAGCAUAAUACAGUGCAACAUGCUAGUAAAUGUGUGUUAGAUUAUAUAAUGGUAACUGGAAGAAUUAAGUACAAUAUUCAAUUUCAUAGUUAAUAUGAAGUGCACCGUGAAAUAGAGUACAUUCAUAAAACACAACACAGGUUGUCUUUUUGCAUGAAAUGUUAAAGUGCCUUUGAAUACUAAAUUAUUGUCUUAUCUGAUAUACCUUUGCUGUUUUUGACAUAUUGCCUUUCUCACCAACAGGUGGCACUGUCUGGGCAGCUAGGAAUGAAAACACAAACUGGUUCGAGCCUUCCUCUUUCGACCACUAAUAUUCGGAUCCAGGGUAAAGAUGUGCUGCGCCUCCCACCGUCUUCCAUCACCACAGAUGCCAAAGGGCAGACCAUUUUGCGCAUCACACCAGACAUGAUGGCUACACUUGCAAAAUCCCAAGUCACUGCUGUAAAGCUAUCACAGGAACUAUUUUCUGCGGCACCAGUGAGCACCACUGGCAAGAGUCUAUUACAAGUAACGUCUAACCCAUCAUCACCAUCCCCUCCUGCACCCGCCAACGUCAAGGUCACACCGGACAUUAAAGCAGUAGAACAGAGCGCCACUGGAUUCCGGCUGAUGCCAGCUCUUGGCGUCUCUGUAGCGGAUCAGAAAAGUAAGCCAGCUAACGCUGUGGAUGCCAAACCAGCCACCACCAUCCGGAUCAUGCAGGGACUUGGCAUGGUAUCCCCCAAGGUUACAGCAUCGCAGAGCAUCACGGUGACUGCCAAGCCAGUAUCCAUUGCAUCCUCUACUGUAGUAAACACUGCAGCCAACUCCAAACAAGUCUGCAUUCCAACCAUGAACAGCACUGGAGUGAAACCCACACCAACCACUGUCACUGUGGGAGCCACCACUAUCAGACAGCUUCCUGUGACUACAUCUCAACAGGUAAUUUGAGGUGGCCUUUGGAAUGUAGCUGCCUUCGCUAUAAAUAAACACCUUUUCAGAAGGAAGCAGAAACACUAGAGGCAACAAAUUGCUUUUAUCUGUUGUCACAGUCUGUUACUCAGAUCAUAUGUCUGGGCAGUAAAAUGAACAACUUUUCUUCUUACAAGAACUGUCUGUAUUUGUUUUCCAAUGCAGGGUAAACUUCCAACGCGAAUCACUGUGCCACUGUCUGUACUCGGGCAACCAAUGAAAGGAAAGAGUUUAGUGACUACACCAAUCAUCAAGGGCAAUCUGGGCACGAAGUAAGUAUUGGCUUUAAAUGAGCUGUAAAAGAGGGAAAUUGGAUCCCAAAGGGGCAUCCUCCAAAGAGAGCGUACAAGAUCUAACGCAGAUUAGCUAAGGGGCUGGGGUAGAGACUCUCCAGCUUACAGAUUUGGAUAGUUUAGAACAGGUUUAUUAUUAUUAUUAUGGCCUAGACGUUACCACUCAAUUUCUAACUCCUCACAAUUCACUGUUUACCACUGUUUUUAGUUGACAGAUUAGCCAGUGGCUAAGCCCCGUAACAGCUCUCUUGCGUCCAACUUCCGUUUGUGUGUGUCACAAAUUAUUUACACCAGCAUUUUCUGUGUUGUAUUGUUUACGAUUUCUUUAAACUAAUCAGUGGGCAAUCUCUGACACGGAGCAGCUUAGUUUAAAGAAUAGUUACUUGUAACACGUAGAGAAUAAUGAUGCAUGAAAUGCUUAUGGUAAGGACACACCAUGUACCUGUAUAGCUUCCAUGCAUUAAUGUAGUGGUUGUGGUGUCUAUGUGUACUGUAAACGUUAUAUUUUCAGAGAUGCAGUCGCUUCUAGUGCAACACUGGUGUUUAGCAUGGAGGAGCUGACUAUUUCCCAUAGAUAUGCAUUGAUUCAAUGCAUCUCUAUGAGGAGGUGCUGAUUGGCACAGUGUGGCGUCUUAUUGCCUGUGCGAAAUAACCUUCCAAUGCUUUCCUACGGGAAGCAUUGGAUUGGCUGAGAUCAUCAUUGAUGAUCUCAGCAGUGGAGGCGGGUGAGCCACGGCAAGGGGUAAAGUAUGUAAACGUACUUGUCCCAUGCGGACACUAUGCAGAUAAAAGGUAAUUGGGGGCACACCUGGAACAUGCAUUUCUUAGCAGUGGUGUUAAUGUAAUGGUCAAAUGCAUGAAAUACAGAGUAAGUUUCAGCUCACACAUUAACUUCAGUUAAAUUUUACAAAGCUACUUAAAAUCACAUAUUUCCGCACACGAAUAUGGGGAUUCAGCUUGUGUAAGCCCACCACUACGUCACAGUACCCCAAUAUCAGUGGGUCCUGCACUCAUUUUAACAUUUAUAGGACAUCCUAUAAUGUUGUGUUUUUCGCCUUUUCAAUUGGCAAUUAAGAAAAAAAAAAAAAAACCUGUUGAAAAUAGACUGUGAAAGUUGUAUACCCUGUUGUUACCCUGUGCACCGGCACUGAGAGAGCCUGCAAUGGCUACAUUGAAACUAUUGAAACCUACUAUGUGCCCGCCAUCAUGGUGUCAAUAAUGUGCACGCUCUGUGUUCUUCCCGUGUGUGUUUGUAUGGGACUGACUGGAUUAAAAUUUACUGCAAUUUUUUUUUUUUUUUUUUUACAUUUUGUUUUGAGGUUGAGUGCGAGGGGUAUUAAUUAUUCAGGACAGCGGAGACAAAUCUAGAAUACCUGGUUUUAGAUGUCAAACAGUGCCCAGAGCUAUCUGUUUAUUAAUGCAUUAUUUAGCAAGGACAAUUUCUUACCUGUGUUUGGGGGCAGAUGUAGCCAGAGUUUUUAACUAAAGUCCAAAUUGUAUUAAAUCUGAUUUGAAUACAUUCCCCACUUCAGCUGUAGUUUGUUUAUUUUAGACACAAAGUUGCCAUUCAUAUUUUAAUUUGCUUCAUUUUCUGUUUGGUAAAUAACUCUGUAUUUUCUGCUAACAUAGUCAUUAAACUGGUUCAUCGGAAAAAUUUCUCAUCUCUGUUGUGGGACUUUGGCUGUUUAUCUCCUGUGCUGGCAUGUUUAUUCUGAUUUGUGUGUUUUUUGUUGUCCCCUCACAGCAUUAGUGGUUUGGGUCGUAAUAUCAUCCUAACCACUGUACCGGCUGGUACUAAACUUAUAACCGGUAACAAGCCAUUGAGCUUCCUAACUGCCCAGCAACUGCAGCAGCUCCAGCAGCAGGGUCAAACUACCCAGGUAAGGAUGGCAAGGUGCUAGGAUCGCCUAUUGAGACAGGGAUUGUCACUUAUACCAACUACCUGGGUUUGAUAGAAAAUAAGUUUAAUGUGUAAAUGGAGGGAAUUCGUGGUUAAAUUUGUCUUAUUGUGCCACUCUGGGAAUUAACCACAGUGUGUAUGGCUAAACCAAAAAGAUAUUGAGUGGUUUAUAAAUGUAUCGUUAAUAGUCAAUUUUUGUUUGAAUGUAGAUAAAAUAGCCGUUUAUCUCUGCCCAUAUUUUACACAGGAUUUCCAACUGUAGGGGCUGAAGUUGCCUGUGUAGCUGGUUCAAAUAAAGGCCCCUGCCUUGGUAACAUUUCAAGGAAUGUGAUCUAGUUUUCUGUUUAACACCACGGACUCCUGUAAUGUUGAACAGAUGAUUAUAAAACCUUUUAUGCGAUGUGACAUUGAUCAGGUUUGAAUUCCUUCCUCAGGUUCGAAUACAAACCGUCCCAGCUCAACAUCUUCAGCAAGGCUCAUCACCUGCAACACCCAAAACAGUGUCCACUGUUGUCGUAACAACAACCCCACCACCCAAACUGACCCAAGACCCAAAGUGAAGUGAGAACAUCAGUCAUACCAGAGGCCAGUGGAAGGCUCAAAGUUUUGGUGAUCCUGCUUCGAUAUGAUGACUUUGGCCCUAUUGGUCGAUUUUCUAUGACAAAAGCGAGUUGAUUGUGACCGCUCCAUUCUGAUCCAGACAUUUCAAUCUUGGGGUUAGCCAUUCCACCUGCCACAAGUGCAUGUUUGUUUCCAAGUCAUCAAAACCUGACCCAGGAUUUGGCCACAGGUUUUCUGAACACGCUUAUUCCCGAGAGCGGUGCCCCUCCAUUUCCCUAGGAGAAGACCCAACUUUAGAAUUAUCUGUUCUAGGAUCCCUUGCUACAGAUAAUGGCAAUAUUGGUUUAACCUCUUUGCAGCCAAAAUUGAAUGAGAAACAUUUCUUAAAUGAAUAAGUGGCAUUUGAGACUUCCUCAUUUUGAGGGAUACAAUAUGUUUGUGGUUAAUAUUUCAUGUAUUUUAUGCUGUGGAAUCCAAUGUUAAAUAUAUUUAAGAAUGAAAACCUAUCUUGUGUGAUGUUGCUUUACCUCGGUGGUCCCAUUUAAUGGUUUAGACACCCUCUAUCUUUUCUGCUACAUUCUGGUGCCAUUUAAUGUCCAGUUUUACUUUGGGGCAAAAACAGGGCUAGAUCUGACGUUUCUACACAGAGAACCUUGGCUGACAAAUAUAAAUAUUAUAUGUGAGCAAAGUAUAUUAAACUUUAUUGUUAAAAAUCAAACCUGAAUUAUCCAAACCUCACUCCACCAAUGAAGGUGGGUUAGGGGGACACAGAACAAAAUAAAAUGUGUUUAAAUAAUAUCAGUACCUAAUAUCGCUGACCAUAGUAAUUAAUACCCAGUAUAUGCUUUACAGCUGAAAUUCAUUAUUCGUAAUCUCCUAUCUGCUUCGUUGCCAAUACUAGAUAUAUUUAGAUUUCACAGGAAGGGAUAGAGCUAGUGCUGUUUAUUUGCUGAAUUGUGAAUUCUAAAUCGACUAAAAUAUGGAUUCACCCCCACCCCCCCAUUAAUUUUCUUCCUUGUUAUAUAAUGUGACUGUGACUGACUGACUGAGUUGGGAGGUUUUUUUUUAAUUUUUU